AUGGAUCUGUGCGGCACCGAUGUCUUUCCCUUUCAAGGCGGGCGGUUGGGGACUACCCCAACCGAGGACUUCUACUUGACAACUCUUGAGAAGAAACUGUUGCGGAUGUCGGCGAUGGAGCAGCUGCACGCGUGCUGUUUUGCUGACCCUCAGCUGCCUACUGCGCGGGAUGGUGGCGAGCGUUCGCUUCUAUGGAGCGUGCUGCGCGAAUCGACGCGCGUGUUUUUGUCUCUGAUGUUGCUCCUCUGCGUCGUGGCGCACCUCCUGAACUGA